AUGUACCCCGCGGGACUCCCGGCCGGCCCGGCCCCGCGCCGCGGCCGCCGCCCCCCGCCCGGGCGCCCUGCGCAGUCGCCGCGGCCCCCCGCGCCCGCCCCGGUCGCCGCUGCGCGGCCGCCGCCCCCCGCGCCCGGGCCGCGGCCCCGCGUGGCUGUGAAGAUGGCCUUCCGCAAGGCCUACUCCAUCAAGGACAAGCUGCAGGCCAUCGAGCGCGUCAAGGGCGGCGAGCGGCAAGCCAGCGUGUGCCGCGACUUCGGCGUGCCCGGCGGCACGCUGCGCGGCUGGCUCAAGGACGAGCCCAAGCUGCGCUGGUUCCUGGAGCAGCUGGGCGGCGAGGUGGGCACGCAGCGCAAGAAGAUGCGGCUAGCCAACGAGGAGGAGAUCGACCGCGCCGUCUACUCGUGGUUCCUGGCGCUGCGCCAGCACGGCGUGCCGCUGUCGGGGCCGCUCAUCCAAGCGCAGGCCGAGGCCUUCGCGCGCCAGAUCUACGGGCCCGAGUGCACCUUCAAGGCCAGCCACGGCUGGUUCUGGCGCUGGCAGAAGCGCCACGGCAUCUCCAGCCAGCGCAUCUACGGCGAGGCCGAGCCCCCGGCCGCCGGCCCCGCGCCCGGCCUGCCGGUCAAGCAGGAGGCCGCGCAGCUUCCCCGCACCGGCCCCCUGCCCGACCGCGCCCUGAAUGCCCCUGCCCCCGCCGAGGGCGGCUACGGCGACGAGCAGAUCUACAACGCCAACGUCACCGGCCUCUACUGGAAGCUGCUUCCGGAGCAGGCCGCGCCCCCGGGCGCAGGGGGCUGUGGCCGUCGCUGGCGGGGCGACCGGGUGACGGUGCUGCUGGCCGCCAACCUGACCGGCAGCCACAAGCUGAAGCCGCUGGUCAUCGGGCAGUUGCCGGACCCACCCAGCCUGCGCCACCACAACCAGGACAAGUUCCCCGCCUCCUACCGCUACAGCCCCGACGCCUGGCUCAGCCGCCCGCUGCUGCGCGGCUGGUUCUUCGAGGAGUUCGUCCCGGGCGUCAGGCGUUACCUGCGCCGCAGCUGCCUGCAGCAGAAGGCUGUGCUGCUGGUCGCCCACCCGCCCUGCCCCAGCCCUGCGGCCAGGAUGCCCACCCUGGAGGGGAGCGAGGAGACCCCCAGGAGGUGCCGGCCUGAGCCGCUGGGCCCUCCGGAGGAGCUGCAGACCCCCGACGGGGCGGUGCGGGUGCUGUUCCUGUCCAAGGGCAGCAGCCGGGCGCACAUCCCGGCCCCACUGGAGCAGGGGGUGGUGGCCGCCUUCAAGCAGCUGUACAAGCGGGAGCUGCUGCGGCUGGCCGUGUCCUGCGCCGGGGCGUCCCCGCUGGACUUCAUGCGCAGCUUCAUGCUCAAGGACAUGCUCUACCUGGCCGGCCUCUCCUGGGACCUGGUGCAGGCAGGCAGCAUCGAGCGCUGCUGGCUGCUGGGUUUGCGGGCUGCCUUUGAGCCCCGGCCGGCAGAGGAGUGCGCUGGGCAGCCAGCUGGCCAGGCCGAGGAGGCCGCGGAGCGCAGCAGGGUGCUUAGCGACCUCACGCACCUGGCAGCCCUGGCCUACAAGCGGCUGGCGCCUGAGGAGGUGGCCGAGUGGCUGCACCUGGACGAUGACGGGGGGCUGCCCGACGGCUGCAGAGAGGACCCAGGCCCCAGCCGGCCUCCCGUGCUGGUCCCUGGGGCCCCUCCGCCCCCAGCCAGCCUGCCCUCUGUCGCGGCGGGAGGACAGGAGGAGGAGGAGGCCGCCGUGCCCUCCGCUGGGGAGGCCGUGCGGGGUCUGGAGACAGCUCUGCGAUGGCUGGAGAGCCGGGACCCCCGGGAGGUAGGGCCGCUGAAGCUGGUGCAGCUUCGCUCACUGAUCAGCAUGGCCCGGAGGCUGGGGGGCAUCGGGCCCUCUCCUGCAGUCCCUGAUGAUGGGGUGUGACCAGUCCAGUCCAAGCAGCCCCCAGUGGCCUUUCUCCUGCGGCACUUGGAGGAGAUACACACAGCCUCCCCAU